GUGUAAUUUCAAGACCCUUUUAAUCUUUAACCCCAUAAAAUUCAAAUCAUUUUUGCUUGUUUCAAUCCCUGCAUUGUCCUCUUUCAUGUCUAUCUCUCUCUCUCUCCCUAUAUAUAGAGACUCAUUUAUGCACAAAAGACUUCAAGGUAGAGGUAGCUGAAAGUAAUCAAGUCAUGGAAACCAAAAUGAGCUUCCUUGUUCUAUCUUUUCUUCUUCUUCUCUUCCCUCUCCUUCUUCCUAUUGCUUCUGCUCAACUAAGACAGAACUUUUAUAGCCAAACAUGUCCUAAUGUGGAAUCUAUAGUUCGUUCUGCCGUUCAGCAAAAGUUCCAGCAAACCUUUGUUACUGUCCCUGCAACUCUUCGACUCUUCGCCCACGAUUGUUUUGUUAGGGGAUGUGAUGCUUCGCUACUGCUAAGUUCGCCAACUAACAACGCUGAGAAGGAUCACCCGGAUAAUCUUUCGCUUGCCGGCGAUGGUUUUGACACGGUCAUCAAGGCAAAGGCUGCCGUUGAUAGUGUUCCUCAAUGCAGGAACAAAGUUUCAUGUGCUGAUAUACUAUCCCUUGCUACAAGGGAAGUUGUAGCAUUGGCAGGAGGACCAUUUUAUGAAGUGGAACUGGGGAGACGUGAUGGGAGGAUAUCAACCAAGGCUAGUGUUCAACACAGGCUGCCAAGUCCUGACUUCAAUUUAGACCAGCUCAAUUCCUUGUUUGCUUCGCUUGGUCUUAACCAAAUUGACGUCAUUGCUUUAUCAGGCGCACACACACUUGGGUUUUCUCACUGUAGCCGCUUCUCCAAAAGAAUCUACAACUUCAGUCCCAGAAACAAGAUUGACCCAACACUCAAUCUUCAAUAUGCACUUCAGCUAAGGCAAAUGUGCCCAAUAAAUGUAGACCCAAGAAUUGCAAUUAACAUGGACCCAACCACACCUCAGAAAUUUGACAAUGCCUACUAUGGAAACCUUGUGCAAGGAAAAGGGUUGUUCACUGCAGACCAGGUUCUGUUUACUGAUCCAAGAUCAAGAGCCACUGUCACCCAGUUUGCAUCAAAUAAUGCAGCUUUUCAGAAUGCUUUUGUGGCUGCCAUGACGAAGCUUGGCAGAGUUGGGGUCUUGACAGGAAAUCAAGGUGAAAUCAGGGAAGAUUGCACCCGUAUCAACUAGAAGGAAACUUCUUUAAUUAUUAUUAUUAUUUUUUUUUUCUUAUUUUAAGGUUAGAUUUUCCACUUUUUUGCUUUUUAAAUUUAAAAAAAAAAAUUAUGGUUCCAUCUGAUAGUACCAUUUUAUUUUGUGAGUGGAAACAAUAACGUUUGAGGUUUAUUUCUUGUAAUAUUUUUUAAUAAUAAAAAUUUGUUACUAUUUCUUUUUAUCAAAA